AUGGUCAAAGACAAUGGGGCCAAAGUUCACGACGGAGAGGAUUCUGGAUUCCGUCCAUGUAUGAAGGUGACGCUGCAGGUUAUCACUCAAAGCGAACGAGGAUACAAGUACUUACGAGAUGUUCGCUACGUCAAUCGCCGAAGGUUCCAAAGGACCGGUUUCGAAGCAUUAUGGCUACAAUGGUUGUACGUCACCCUUCUGGAUCCCAUGAACUUACUCACGGGUUAA